AUAUACCCACGCGCGGCGGCGACUACAGGUUGAUCGGAGGAUGAGCGGCGGCGUUGGCGGCGGAGGAGGAGGGCCAUGCGGCGCAUGCAAGUAUCUGAGGAGGAAGUGCGUGAGCGGGUGCAUAUUCGCGCCAUACUUCGAGUCGGAUCAGCUGGGCACGUCCCACUUCGCCGCCGUGCACAAGGUGUUCGGAGCUAGCAACGCCGCCAAGAUGCUGCUCGCCGUCCCGGAGAACCGCCGCCUCGAAGCCGUCGUCACCAUCUGCUACGAAGCUCUCGCUAGGGCUCGAGACCCAGUCUACGGCUGCGUUGGCCACAUCUUCUCUCUUCAACAACAGGUGGUUAAUUUGCAAGCGGAGUUGGCUUACGCCCAAGCGCGUCUAUCAGCGCUCCACCACCUCCCUCCGGCGGCGGAGCGGCCGCCAGGCGGUUGCGUGAACCUCGACCCGUCAUUCGAAAUGGCGCGCCCUUCGGUCGGAAUGACGCUGGACGUCGAUCCUCGGAUGCCACUGGAGCACGGGCCGGUGCCGCCGGCGGACGACACUGGGGGAAUGUGCGGCGGCGGCGGCGGCAAUUCCAACAACGAAGAUCAAGAGACGGCGGCGGCGGCGGUGGCGUCGGACCUCCACAUGUUAUUAGCGUGGGAAUUCGUGUCGAGGCACCUGCCCGGAGCUAGAUUCAGGCCUUCGUCGCAGUAGGGAACUAUAUAUGAAUACGAGUGGUUGGUUUAAACUUGUUUGUUUUCCACUCAAUAAUAUUAAUCCCCUUUU